CUCCUGGAAACAGCACUGUAUAACACUUGGUUGAAAUCCCAACUCAAAACUCUCACCUAUUUCUAUUCUAUUCUACUCUACUUAUAAGGCGACUUACAGUAACACACAGAAAGAAAAUGGAAAGUAUUGAUACAGCAACAGAAGGCAGACAACUGGAUAAGGUAAAAUAGAAAUGUCAUGAAUAGAGCUGACCUUAUUCUACAUGUUAGGGAAGCAUGUUUGUUCUACACUUAAAGGGCAAUUCCUAUUCAUAUUAAUGUGAAAAGGUUUCUAUGAUCUGUGGUUUCUAUGAUCUGUGGUUAAAAAGAUAAGGUCCUAAAAAAAAUGGUAGGAUUAAAAGUAAAAAAAACAAUGAGUUUCUAGCCCAGGGAGGGUAUUUUCUUGCUCCCCACGUCACCGCGAAUUGCAUAGUGUUUGAAAAUCACAGUUUUUAAAUGUUUUAACUUUUGAUGAUGUCAUCUGGUAGAACCUUUUUACUUUAUUCUUUUUUUAAAUAAAAAACUUAGAAAUUUGCAGUUUUCACAUAUGUUGACACAGGUAUUGUGCUUCAGAUAAUGAAAAUGAGGUUGAAAAGUUGUGGAGUUGUCCUUUAACAUAACCUAACAUAACAUUUUUAACUUGUUCCACAACAUUGUGCCCUGCUUAAUGUGUCCCCAGGUGGAGCCCUGCCUUGAGAGGGACAGACUGAGGAUGAGGGUCUCUGUGUUGGAGGAGAGUGUAAGGUCCUACGAGGUAGAGUGUAAAGCCAGCAGAGAGACGGUGAUGAGACUGGUGGCAGAGGUGGCCCGGGAGAGGAGGAACGCAGCAGGCAGUGCAGAGGCUCUGGAUCUGCUCAGACUGGUAGGUAUCCAUAUGUGCAUCCUUUUAAAACACAUACGCUUUUCACGUUGUGCUGAUACAAGCUGUACUGUGCUGGCUCGGAUAUAUAUUUUUCCAGGGCAGUACAGCCUGGAAUUGGCUUGUCUCAGUAGUGUACAACUGUCAUCUUUGUUAUGUAUAAGCAUCAAUUAAUGUGUUAAAUCUUCACACAAGCAUUAUGUACAGUAAAUGGUUAUCUGUUGCAACUUUGCGUUUCCUUGUCAAAAUGUUUCUUCCAGGAUUUAGACAGUGCCUUGCUGACCAAGAGGAGCAUAGAGAUGGAGAACCAGAGUCUAGCAGAGAGGUUGGAGGCCAGUCAGCGCAUGGUUGAGGCAGCCAAGCAGGAGGCAGGGUGCCUGGAGAGGCAGAUCCAGGAGCUGGAAGGGAAGCUCCAGACCAGCCAGGGGAAGAACCAGGCUACAAAGGUAGGAUUGCAAUAUUCCCAUGUUUUCCCAGAAAUCCAGUUUGAAGGAUUCUAGAAACUUUCCACAAAUUCCCAUGUUUUUCAGAAAUCCCAGCAUUUCUGGAAAACCCUGUGAUUUUGGUAAAGUUUCCUGAAUUUUGAGACCCUAUUCACAGGGGAAACUGCAGGCCCUCCUGGGGGAGGUAGGGGCCCUUCUGCAGCUGGGUCUCUCCAUGCCAACUGAGGAGGAAAUACUACAGAGACUCGGGGAUCUCUGCACCAGGCAGGAACGUAUGAAAGCGGUAGGUAGGGUUUACUCUGUUUUUUCUGUUCUUUUACUACUACAUUGUUAUUACAUUGUGUGACAGUUUCAAUAGGCAAGAAUAUAAUAUAUUGAUAGAUAAUCAAUCAGGAUUUUCAAUCAUUUUAUACCAGGAGGUACAAUGUUUGAACGAUAGCCUACACUGGAUGCACAUUGCAAUAACCUUGAGUAGUUAUUCUUUAUCAGUAGUUAUGUUUUUAAAUUGUAUCCGCCGAUAUUUCCUGUCAGAUCAUGGAGGAGAUGGAGAGGAGGCUGUCCCAGGUCAGUGAGGAUGUGUCCAGGCAGACAGAGCUCCACCACGGUGCCCUGCAGAGAGCCCAGCUGGCUGAGCAACAGGUCACAGACCUCAGCAACAGGCUGCAGGGUUUGGAAGCUGAGCUGAUGACUGCAGACGUGCACCGAGAUGGGCUGAGUCAUAACAGACUGCUUGUGAGUGAGCACACUGGCAACCAUGUAGAGUGUGUAGUAGGGGAACAUCACACAUUUCUCCACUGGUGCUGGGCCCCCAAAAAAUGAUAAUAACAGUCUUUAUAACUAACGUUAGACACAGUAUAUAGAACAUAUAACUACGGUAGUAUAUAACACUGUUGAUACCACCAUGGUAUAAUAUGCUAUAGGUUAUAUGCACCCAAUCCCCCCCAACAACUACACUUUGCCUUUCGUGAACUAACACUCCCGCUUGACUUUUUCCUACUAGCACUGGCUUUGCUGAUAGUUACUUUACUGAGGAAAAAUGUACUGACUAUAACUGAGAUGUGGUUGUCUCACCUAGCUAUUUUAAGAUGAAUGCACUAAAUGUAAGAUGCUCUUGAUAAAAGCGUCUGCUAAAUGACGAAAAUGUAAAAUGUACACUGGAUGUACAAAACAUUACAAACACCUGCUCUUUCCAUGACAUAGACUGACCAGGUGAUUCCAAAUGAAAUCUAUGACCCCUUAUUGAUGUAAUUUGUUAAAUCCACUUCAAUCAGUCCCCAGGUCCAGAACAAAUUCAAGGAAACGUACAGUAUUAUACAGAGCCAAGAGUGGAUGGAACUCCAUUCCAUCUUAUAUAGCGCAAGUAAACCCAAACCUGGUUUCAAAAAACAAAUAAAGCAAUACCUCACGGCACCACGCCUCUCCCCCAUGUGACCUACUUGUUGUGUGUAUGUACUGACAUGUAUGUGUAGCUGAUAGAUCCACACACACACUACAUGUUAAUGUUUUUAAACGUAUGUCUGUAAUGUGUUUUUCGUUAUGUGUUGGACCCCAGUAAGACUAGCUAUCGCCAUUGGCGUCGGCUAAUGUGGAGCCUAAUAAAUCAAAUCAAAUCAGUGUAGAUGAAGGGGAGGAGACAGGUUAAAGAAGGAUUUUUAAGCCUUGAGACAAUUGAGACAUGGAUUGUGUAUGUGUGCCAUUCAGAGGGUGAAUGGGCAAGGCUAAAGAGUUAAGUGCCUUUGAACAAGGUAUGGUAGUAGGUGCCAGGCACACCGGUUUGAGUGUGUCAAGAACUGCAACGCUGCUGUGUUUUUCACGCUCAACAGUUUCCCGUUUGUGUCAAGAAUGGUCCACCACCCAAAGGACAUCCAGCCAACUUGACACAACUGUGGGAAGCAUUGGAGUCAACAUGGGCCAGCAUCCCUGUGGAAAGCUUUCAGCACUUUGUAGAGUCCAUGCCCCGACGAAUUGAGGCUGUUCUGAUGGCAAAAGGGGGUGCAACUCAAUAUUAGGAAGGCAUUCUUAAUGUUUUGCACACUCCGUGUAUAGGGUGCAGUAAUAAAGCACGGGAGCAGCAUACUGUCUGGAAGCUUUUCUUUUUUUAAUACCAAAUCGGCAAGGGACCUUAAUUGGUCCAGGACCAUUACCAUCCUCGUACUAAAAUCAUAAUGGCACAUUUACUGUAAAUUGAUUUGGAUGUUACAGGAAUAGCUGAGAUAUUACUGCCUUGGCCUGUAUUCACAAAGCGUCCCCAGAGUAGGAGUACUCAUCUAAGAACAGCGGAAGGAAAGUGGAAGGGGGAGAAAGUAAGGAACUUGUCUGUCGGCCUUGCAUUAAAGAACAUAAUUGGUUAAGGAAAACUGUGAUAAAUAAAAAAGUAUAUCAGUUUCACUUAAGGACCAAAGGAUUGACAGCCGUCCCAUAUAGAUUGCAAAGUAGUUGGGAAGAGAUCUUUGACGUACCGAUCCCAUGGCAUAGUGUUUAUGAACUGACACGCAAAACGACACCGGAUUCAUUUGGACACAGGUCCAGGAAUGGCUAAAGGAUUGCAAUAUUUACCUGGAGCUAACCUUGCAGAUAGCAUUACUGGGUGAUCUGAAAAGUCAUAGUCAAUCAAUCAAUAAUAUAAUAAUACUUUUAGCGAAAAUGUUUAUUUUUAAUUCACAAUCUGUAGAAGCAAUGAGAAUAGAAAGGUUCAGAACUUUUGUAAAACAUUUUUUUAUUUUAUUUUUAUUUCACCUUUAUUUAACCAGGUAAGCCAGUUGAGAACAAGUUCUCAUUUACAACUGCGACCUGGCCAAGAUAAAGCAAAGCAGUGCGAUAAAAACAACACAGAGUUACAUAUGGGGUAAAAAAACAUAAAGUCAAAAAUACAACAGAAAAUAUAUAUACAGUGUGUGCAAAUGUAGCAAGUUAUGGAGGUAAGGCAAUAAAUAGGCUAUAGUGCAAAAUAAUUACAAUAGUAUUAACACUGGAAUGCUAGAUGUGCAAGAGAUUAUGUGCAAAUAGAGAUACUGGGGUGCAAAAGAGCAAAAUAAAUAACAAUAUAGGGAUGAGGUAGUUGGGUGGGCUAAUUUCAGAUGGGCUGUGUACAGGUGCAGUGAUCGGUAAGGUGCUCUGACAACUGAUGCUUAAAGUUAGUGAGGGAGAUAAGAGUCUCCAGCUUCAGAGAUUUUUGCAAUUCGUUCCAGUCAUUGGCAGCAGAGAACUGGAAGGAAUGGCGGCCAAAGGAGGUGUUGGCUUUGGGAAUGACCAGUGAGAUAUACCUGCUGGAGCGCAGACUACGGGUGGGUGCUGCUAUGGUGACCAAUGAGCUAAGAUAAGGCGGGGAUUUGCCUAGCAGUGAUUUAUAGAUGGCCUGGAGCCAGUGGGUUUGACGACGAACAUGUAGUGAGGACCAGCCAACAAGAGCGUACAGGUCACAGUGGUGGGUAGUGUAUGGGGCUUUGGAGACAAAACGGAUGGCACUGUGAUAGACUACAUCCAAUUUGCUGAGUAGAGUGUUGGAGGCUAUUUUGUAAAUGACAUCGCCGAAGUCAAGGAUCGGUAGGAUAGUCAGUUUUACGAGGGCAUGUUUGGCAGCAUGAGUGAAGGAGGCUUUGUUGUGAAAUAGGAAGCCGAUUCUAGAUUUAACUUUGGAUUGGAGAUUCUUUAUGUGAGUCUGGAAGGAGAGUUUACAGUCUAACCAGACACCUAGGUAUUUGUAGUUGUCCACAUACUCUAGGUCAGACCCGUCGAGAGUGGUGAUUCUAGUCGGGUGGGCGGGUGCCAGCAGCGUUCGAUUGAAAAGCAUGCAUUUAGUUUUACUAGUGUUUAAGAGCAGUUGGAGGCUACUGAAGGAGUGUUGUAUGGCAUUGAAGCUCGUUUGGAGGUUUGUUAACACAGUGUCCAAUGAAGGGCCAGAUGUAUACAAAAUGGUGUCGUCUGCGUAGAGGUGGAUCUGAGAGUCACCAGCAGCAAGAGCGACAUCAUUGAUAUACACGGAGAAAAGUGUCGGCCCAAGAAUUGAACCCUGUGGCACCCCCGUAGAGACUGCCAUAGGUCCAGACAACAGGCCCUCCGAUUUGACACACUGAACUCUAUCUGAGAAGUAGUUGGUGAACCAGGCGAGGCAGUCAUUUGAGAAACCAAGGCUAUUUAGUCUGCCAAUAAGAAUGCGGUGGUUGACAGAGUCGAAAGCCUUGGCCAGGUCGAUGAAGACGGCUGCACAGUACUGUCUAUUAUCAAUCGCGGUUAUAAUAUCGUUUAGGACCUUGAGCGUGGCUGAAGUGCACCCAUGACCAGCUCGGAAACCGGAUUGCAUAGCGGAGAAGGUACGGUGGUAUUCGAAAUGGUCGGUGAUCUGUUUGUUAACUUGGCUUUCAAAUACUUUCGAAAGGCAGGGCAGGAUGGAUAUAGGUCUGUAGCAGUUUGGAUCUAGAGUGUCACCCCCUUUGAAGAGGGGGAUGACCGCGGCAGCUUUCCAAUCUCUGGGGAUCUCAGACGUUAUGAAAGAGAGGUUGAACAGACUAGUAAUAGGGGUUGCGACAAUUUCGGCGGCUAGUUUUAGAAAGAAAGGGUCCAGAUUGUCUAGCCCAGCUGAUUUGUAGGGGUCCAGAUUUUGCAGCUCUUUCAGAACAUCAGCUGUCUGAAUUUGUGUGAAGGAGAAGCGGGGGGGGCAUGGGCAAGUUGCAGAGGAGGGUGCAGAGUUGGUGGCCGGGGUAGUGGUAGCCAGAUGGAAAGCAUGGCCAGCCGUAGCAAAAUGCUUGUUGAAAUUCUCGAUUAUUGUAGAUUUAUCGGAGGUGAUAGUGUUUCCUAGCCUCAGUGCAGUGGGCAACUGGGAGGAAGUGCUCUUAUUCUCCAUAGACUUUACAGUGUCCCAAAACUUUUUGGAGUUAGUGCUACAGGAUGCAAAUUUCUGUUUGAAAAAGUUAGCCUUUGCUUUCCUGACUGCUUGUGUAUAUUGGUUCCUAACUUCCCUGAAAAGACCGUACUGUAAAACAUCACAGUACGGUUGAAAUAUAUAUGGCAAAUAGAAAUCCUAUAUGGAUGGUGUUAAGAGAUAGAUGGGAGGUAUUGAAUAGAGUUGAAGGAUGGGACUAAUAACAAAUAACAACAAAUAAUAACAAAGAUAGCUAAUAAUGUAAGCAUACUGUGUCCAUAAUAAGUAUAUAGGUUGUAUGAUGGGAGCUUUUGGGAAAGAGCACAGUUAGAAAGAUAUGGCAUAUAGAAGCAAACCGGAUGGACAUCAUGAAAAUGAACGGAGAGGUUGAGAGUAGAAGUAGUUCAGGAGCAAAAAAAAAAAAAUAUAUAUAUAUAUAAUAGAAUUAUUGUAAAAUUAACUCUGUCCAUAAGGUGUAGAUAGUAAGUAUAGACCGGAAGUAGAGGCCUGGGCAUUGUUGUUCACUAAUUUACUCCCAAGUAGGGAAAGGAUGGUGAAAAGUAAUAAAGGGGAGUAUAUAUAUAUAAAAAAAAACAUGGGGGAUUGGAAGUGAUGCAGACAAUUACAUUGAUAGAAGAUACAAUCUAUCCGCAAUAUUAAGCUGAUCCAUUCCCCCAAAAAAUAAAAAAUAAAAAUAAAAAGAACAGCCCUCUUAUUCGUUAUGACCACCCGUACGUAAAAUGAAUGCAUGCAUGACUAAGUCUCUUUGGAUAAAAGUGUCUGCUAAAUGGCAUAUAUUAUUUAAAAGGCAAAAUUGUAGUACUCCAACUCUGAGAUACUUUGUAAAUAUGGGCCUUGUGUUUUCCCAUGCAGUAUGAGCAGUUCCUGGAACAGUUGUCAGAGGGGAUGAAAGUAGACAGUAUCGCCACUGACCUGGGCUACAACAUGAGGCUACAGCUCAUUCUGUCUCGGGCAGAGCAACUUGUCAAACUAGAAGGGACGGCUUUGUUGGAGAGCAAGACCCUGGCCCACAACCUACAGCGAAAGGUACACAAAAUGAAACUAGUAUCUACUGAACCUACAACUUAAGAGUGUACAUGUCAUUUGUUGAUGUUCAGAGGGUUGUUUGCACACUUUACAUCAUUCUAGGUGCAUAUAAAAAAAAAAACUCAAGCACUCUGGUAUUUUUGUGUGUUCCACAUUCCACAAUGUACAGUAUUUAAUGGAUCUCACACCAACAUUACUGUCAAUCUAGUUACUAUCAUAACUGUUCAAUCUACUAGUAUCAUUGUAUGUUGUGCUCAAACACCUGUUUGCCAUGUUUACCGUAUACCAUGUUAUCUGCAGUUGAAGGUCCAGAAGGAGCGGUUGGAGAGUAAGGAGCUCCACAUGGAGCUGUUGAGGAGGAAGGUGUCUGAGCUAGAGGAGGAGAAGAGGAGUCGCUCAGCCCUGGCUGUGGAGCGAGACGACGCCAAUGUGGCCGCUAGGAAGAUGCAGGUAGGCUAGAGGUUAGAGGGGCAGGCUAGUAGCCAGAAGGUUGCUGGUUCAAGCCCCAGGCCGGGCGUAAAAAAUGGGAACUGAACUGGCAACUGGAGGGCUGCUGGUCUGUGAUCCCAGGUAUCAUCUCCUGCCGUUGUGCCCUUGAGCAAGGCACUUACCCCCUAAAAAUGCUCCCCAUCCAGUGGCGAGGUUAAGAUAGGCAGAAGCCAAAUGUAUGUUUCUUACUAAAUGGACGAUAAAGUAUGUAUUCUACUGUAUCUAAAGAAUCUAUUCUAUCUUAAGUAUCUAUUCUAUUUUAAAGAAGAAGGUGGAGCGACUGCAGCGGGAACUGGGAUCCAGUAAGGUCUCCAUCACAGAGCUCAAGGCCCAGCUGUCACACACCAACGAGCUGAAGGUAGAGGGCAGGACGGCUCAGGCCCACACAUCCUCUAGAGGCAGAGUCAUAUAACUUGAUUUCCUGGCGACUUCCUGUAGCUACAAGUUUACAAAAUGAGUUUGAAUGAAAGUUGAUUAUUACUACUCAAAAGACUAUAGUUUCGAAUGUUAUGUUGUUGUGAAGUAAUAUGAUAAAAUGUCAAAUACGUUAAUGUCCAAUUUGGAAUGCUGUGUCUAAGCUCAAAGUCCUGGAGCAGAGUCAGACCAAUGGGGAGCAGAGUAAGAGUCUGGAGGACCUGGAGAAGGGAAAGGCCAAGGUGGAGAAGAAGCUCAGCACAGCCAUGACAGACCUACAGAGCCAGGAGCAUCUGGCCAGGGAGGCCCAGCAGCAGUUGACCACCCUUAGACAGACCCUGGCCCAGCUCACUGACAGAGAGAGAGAGGUGGGGGGAUGGAUGGAUGCAUAGUCGUAUUAACAUGCACAUGCAUGAAUGCGCACGCACGCACACACACACACAAACACACACAAUAUAAUUUGAUUUAGGAGUACAGAAAAAGAACAUCCGAAACCUGACUGGAGGUAUGUUUACUCUGUUGUUUCAGUUGGUAGACUUCCGUAUGGUGGUCUCUCAGAUGUUAGGUCUGGAUGUCACAGCCUUGGCUCUUCCAAACUAUGAGAUCAUCAAAUCUCUGGAGAGCCUGCUUUACCCCUACCAUCACCAUCACCCCCACCAUGACCUCAACCACUCCCUGGCCCUGUCCUGGCCCUGUCCUACCCACCACCAGCACCACCAUCUCCUACAGCUCCAGGACCAAGAUACCUCUGGAUCAAUCACGUCCCGCUCAGCUUUCUCUCAGAGGCCCACUGGCCCCGAGGACUCUGCUUAG